GCCGCCCCAUGGCCCCGCCGCGCCCGCCCCGCCUGCUGCCCGCGCUGCGCGCCCUGCUCUACUGGUCCCUGGUGUACGGCUACUGCGGGCUGUGCGCCUCUGUCCACCUGCUCAAACUUUUGUGGAGCAUCGGCAAGGCACCGGCGCAGACCUUCCGCAGGGCGGCCCGGGCAAACCCUCCGGCUUGCCUGAACGACCCCUCCUUGGGCACCCACUGCUACGUGCGGAUCAAGGAUUCGGGGCUGAGGUUUCACUAUGUUGCUGCUGGAGAAAGGGGCAGACCACUAAUGAUGAUGCUCCACGGGUUCCCAGAAUUCUGGUAUUCUUGGCGUCAUCAACUGAGAGAAUUUAAAAGUGAGUACAGAGUCAUUGCACUGGAUUUGAGAGGCUACGGGGAGUCAGAUGCACCGUCUCAUCAGGACAGUUACAAGCUGGACUGCCUGAUUGCUGACAUUAAGGAUGUCUUGGACUCUUUGGGCUAUAGCAGAUGUGUCCUGGUUGGCCACGACUGGGGAGGCAUGAUCGCCUGGCUGAUCGCUGUCUGCUACCCUGAGAUGGUGACGAAGCUCGUUGUUAUUAAUUUCCCACAUCCCAGUGUCUUUACAGAGUACAUACUGCGGCACCCUGCGCAGCUCUUCAGAUGUAGCUUUUACUACUUCUUCCAAAUACCGCGGCUCCCGGAGUUUAUGUUCUCAAUUAAUGAUUUCAAGGCUCUGAAACACCUGUUUACCAGCCAGAGCACUGGCAUUGGGAGAAACGGACGUCGGCUGACGACAGAAGACCUAGAAGCUUACGUUUAUGUCUUUUCUCAGCCUGGAGCCCUGAGCGGCCCCAUCAACCAUUAUCGAAACAUAUUCAGCUGCCUGCCUCUCAGACACCACACGGUGACCACGCCAACACUGCUCCUGUGGGGACAGGAAGACGCCUUUAUGGAGGUCGAGAUGGCCGAAGCCACAAAGACUUAUGUUAAAAACUUCUUCAGACUCACCAUUUUGUCAGAAGGCAGUCACUGGCUUCAGCAAGACCAGCCUGACACAGUGAACAGGCUGAUCUGGGCGUUCCUGAGGGAAGAAACAAGAGAAGCCUGACUUAUCACGUAUGGGGA